AGUAGAGCUGGGUCAACCAUUUUCACAGCCGGCUCAACCCAAAAACCCGAGAGUCUUCUCUCUCUAGAAUUAAGCCGGCUCCAGGACUAGAGCCGACUCUCCUGCAGUUUUUUUAAAGCCUCGGGUUUCUCUCUCCUCGCACAAACAAGCCCAUCCCUUAAACACUCAAAUACCAUCGAAUCCUUGCCUACCCAACACAAAACCUCAAGCUUUUCACUCCAAUUUGUGUGGGAUUUGCUGUAUUUUUGGUGUGGCUGCUGUGUUUUCUCUCUCAUGGCUUCAAGAAGGGCUGGAAGUAAAAGGAAACAAGUGGGUAGUUCUAGCACCGGUGGUCAAGCUCAAGAAGAAGGUAACAUCUCCCAAUCAAAUCUCUUUUUGGAUACCCAAGCUUCUGCAAAGUAUGAAAUUAUUAAGAAUAUGGCUGUUUUAUCUUGCAAUUGUGUAAAAUUCAGUCAAUUUCCUCAAGGAGAUAUGCGUGAUAUUGGCAUGACUUUUGGUAUUGAUUGUCUAUGAUUUUGAUGAUUAUAUGCUCUUAUUGAAGGGGAGUUUAUUGGUUGAUGAUUGUAGUCAUGAAUUUGGUUGUCUAUGGUGCUAUAUUGAUGAUAAUUGAUGAUUAUAUUCAUUACAUAUUAUUGAUGCUUUAAAGGUUGAUAGCAUGAAUUAAGGGGGAGUUUAUUG